AUGGGGGUCUUUCAAGACUUUCAUGCUCAUAGCAAGUUUGUCAAAAGCCUUAAUGCCACUUUUAUUACUCUAAUUCCGAAGAAGUCUGGGGCUUUGGAUCUUAAAUAUUUUCGGCCUAUUAGUCUUGUAAGUGGAGUUUACAAGAUUAUUGCUCUAGUUCUCGCGAAUAGACUGAGAAACCUCAUAAUCUUUGUGAAAGGUAGGCAAAUCCUUGAUUCGGUUCUUAUAGCAAAUGAAUGCUUGGAUAGCUGUCUCAAAUCUAAUGAACCAAGGUUGUUUUGCAAGAUGGAUAUUGAGAAGGCUUAUGAUCAUGUCAACUGGGAUUUCUUGUUGUAUAUGCUGAGAAGAUAUGUGGUUUUGGGGAGAAAAGGUUUGAAGAUUAACUUGGCUAAGUCUAUCUUGGUUCCAGUGGGCUGUGUGGAUAAUGUGGAUGGUUUGGCUAGCAUCUUGGAUUUUAGGGUUUCCUCGUUACCUUUAAAGUAUCUUGGUCUUCCAUUGGGGGCCUCCUUUAAGGCCAAGUCUAUUUGGGAUGGUAUUCUUGGAAAAAUUGAGAAGCAGUUGUGUGGCAAGUGGACGUUUGGAUAUUCGGAAUUUGAAGAUCUUCAACAGGGCUCUGUUAGGGAAGUUGUUUUGGCCUCACUUGUUUCAGGGGAAUGGUUCCCUUCAGUUGGACGUCAGCUUUAUUCGAGCAGCCCACGACUGGAAGGUGGAAGUCUUGGCUUCCUUCUUCACCUGUUGUACCCCAUUAGAGUGAGGGGUGAAGGGCAUGACAAGCUUUAG